GGCGGCUCAGAGACAACCGGUCCGGCCGUACUCUGUUAACCUCGCUCCCACCCUCACCGCCUCUCUCUCUUUCUCGUCUCUCUGUUGGUCGACAAUCGGAUUCCACGACGCCUGCAGAGUCUGCCGCGAGGGGGCUUGGUUGAGGUUCUCCGUCCUCGAUUGGCCACAGAUGAUCGCCUUCGGAGUCGAGCAAGUAAGACAAGGCGGAAACAUUGGGGCUUCUCGUGAUCUCGCCGUCGCCGGGCCCGUUUGAUCUCGAUUAGGUAUCUUCAACACCCUAUUUCCGAGCUCCCUCCGACGUAAGCAACCCUGGGGAGAGGGAGCUCGCCGUCGAGCCCCUGGAGUUGCGCCGAUUGGCUUCGGCUCAUGGCCGGCAUGGAACUUGAUGCUCAACCGGGCAGGUCGCCCCGUCUGUCCCCUAGGGAUCGCAUCGUACAGAGGCUUUCCGCCAAAGGUGUUCCGCAUGAGGUUCUCGAACAGUUUGAAAUGGGGCUUAGAUUGUUUAUCAAUGAUAAUCCAGCUAUGGUUCCCGAACUGGUUUCUGCCAUAUUACCAACAGAGGCUGAUGUAUUUGAGCUGCAAAAGUUGUCAAAGAUGCUUCCUGGAGGACCAUCUAAUGAAACUGAUAUUACUGAUUUAUUUACUGAUGAAAGUAAUGUCACUGAUUUCUUUACUGAGAGCAUGCUGUGGUUGGGCUGGCUCAUGUUUGGGGAUGAACCAGAGUCAUAUCUUGAGAAAUUGGCAAAGAAAGCUGGUGGCCAGCGGGCUGUGUGUGGAGCUGUUUGGGGUCAUAAUGACUUAGCAUAUCGCUGCCGCACUUGCGAGAAUGAUCCAACCUGUGCCAUUUGUGUUCCAUGUUUUCUGAAUGGCAAUCACAAAGAUCAUGAUUAUUCAAUUAUUUAUACUGGCGGGGGGUGUUGUGACUGUGGAGAUGAGACAGCCUGGAAAAGUGAAGGUUUUUGUUCGGAGCAUAGAGGAAUUAGACAGUUUCAACCUCUUCCAGAGGAGCUGGCAAAUUCAAUCAGGCCUGUUCUGGAUUCUCUUUUUUUCUUAUGGAAGAGUAAGUUAACCCUUGCAGAGAAGUCGAGGCCAAAUGAAUAUAACAAGUCUGAUAUCUCUCCAGCAAUGGGGAAUAGUCUGUCUUCAGCAGUUGUUAAAAUGUUGCUACACUUUUGUGAAUGUAGUGAAAGCCUUCUUAGCUUCACAUCCAUUAGAAUGUUUCAGUGCACUGGUUUACUUGAUAUUCUUGUGAGAGCUGAAAGGCUCUUGCAUAAGAGUGUUGUGAAAAGGCUCCAUGAAUUGCUUCUAAAAUUGCUUGGGGAACCCAUUUUCAAGUAUGAAUUUGCUAAAGUUUUCAUGAAAUAUUAUCCUGUUGCUGUAAAUGAAAUGACAAUAGGGGGUACUGACAUGAGUAAUGACACCAUGUCUGAGAAAUAUCCAUUGCUAUCAACUUUCUCUGUGCAAAUAUUCACAGUGCCCACAUUGAUGACACGACUUGUACAAGAGGUAAACUUGCUAGGUGUACUUUUGGAAUGUUUGAGGGACCUGUUGUUCUUCUGUGUUGGCGAUGAUGGUCAUGUGCAGGCAAACAAGGGGGUAAUGGACUUAAUGAUUCGUUUGGUUGAAGACAUGCGUUUUGUCCUCAGCCAUGAAGAGGUUCUCGUACAUGUAACUUAUGAGCAGCCUGAUAUUUCAAGGGCUUGGUUGAAACUUUUGACUCUGGUACAAGGCAUGAAUCCUCAUAAACGAGUCACAAGUACUUCUACAGAUGAUGAAUAUGAAAAUAUUUCUACAGCCUUUUUGCUGGGCCAUCUUAUUGGUAAUGUUAGUAAUCUUUUAGUCCAAGGAGCAUUUUCUACUUCCAAAGCCAAACAAGGCAAGGAUACUUCUCUUAAUUGCUCUGGUUCUCAAGGGUUAGAUGAUAAUGAAGGUUAUCGUCAUUCAAAAAUAGGAAGAACUUCACGAGAGAGCUCUGUUUUCAGAACAAAUAGGAGUGGUCAACUGGAUUGCUUAUCCAAAUAUAGCUAUGCAAAGAUGGAUGGUAUUGGUCACCAAUCUAUUCCGCCACCUGCUAUUCAAUUGAUUUCCGAAUGCCUUAAGUCAAUUGAUGGUUGGUUGUGUCUUGCAAGGAACAUUUCACAUAAUAAUGAUGAUUCUAGUUGCAGUUGUUUUAAUAGUUUAAGAAAAAAGGUAUUCAGGUUAAAGAAGGGUGCAAAUAAUUACAAGGUUUGCAGGACUUCUGUGACCAGGCAAGGAAUUCAUGUGCAUCAACAGCUCUCUCUUGAGCAUUCGGAGAGGUUUGAUUCAAUGGAUACUGACAUGUCUGCAGAUGACACCUCUUCAAGUAGACUUUCAGAUAACAUUACAGAGGGAGAUGCAAUUCCAGAUGCUGAAGCAUUUGGCAUGUUGAAUGUGAUAGAUUGGCCUGACAUAAUGUAUGAUGUUAGUUCACAGGGUAUAUCAUUUCACAUUCCUUUGCAUUGCUUGCUUUCAUUGAUAUUGCGCAAAGCAAUGGAGGAUUCCUAUGGUGAGACCCAGAAGCCAGUGAAGACAAGCAGUGGCUUUUUACUUCCUUCAUCAGUUUGCAGUCAUGAUUUUUUUGGACAGUUUUUGGGUGGGUCUCAACCUUGUGGGUUUUCUGCUUUUUUGAUGGAACAUCCACUUCGAUUACGCGUAUUUUGUGCUCAAGUUCGUGCUGGAAUGUGGCGCAGGAGUGCAGAUACAGCCAUAUGGUUGUCUGAGUUUUAUCGUGCUGGCCAGUGGAUUAAUCAAGGUUUAGAGUGUGAUCUUUUUUUGCUGCAAUGCUGUGCUGCAUUAGCUCCUCCAGAACUGUUUGUCAGGAGAAUCCAAGAGAGAUUUGGACUGUCAAAUUAUACAUCUUUGAAUAUUUCAGAAUACAAUGAGUAUGAACCAGCCCUGGUGAAUGAAAUGCUUACUCUUAUUCUCCAAAUUGUUAAAGAGCGCUGUUUCUCUGGUCUUUCUACUGUUGACCACUUGAAAAGAGAGGUAAUUUAUAAACUUGCUGUUGGUGAUGCUACUCAUAGCCAGGUGCAGAAAGCUCUUCCUCGUGAUCUUUCAAAAAGCGAUCAAGUUCAGAACAUUUUGGAUACACUUGCCACUUAUUCAAAUCCAUCUGGCAUGAAACAGGGCAAAUAUUCUCUUCGGCGUGCUUAUUGGAAUGAGCUAGAUCUUUAUCAUCCUCGCUGGAAUUAUAGGGACCUGCAAAUAGCAGAGGAGAGAUAUUUUCGAUUCUGCAAAGUUUCUGCUCGGAAUGUCCAGCUACCUCGAUGGACAAAUACUUAUCCUCCCUUAGCAACUAUUUCUGGAAUAGCCACAUCAAAAACAGUCCUUGAAAUUGUCCGUGCAGUCUUUUUUUAUGCUGCCUUUACAGAUGUUUCACUGAUGUCUCGUGCUCCUGACGGGGUUCUUAUAACAGCACUUCACUUACUUUCUUUGGCAUUAGAUAUUUGCUGCUCACUUGGUAAUGCAUCUACUUCUAAUUUCUUUUCUGAUGAUGGUUCGUUCAUGGAAGUUUCACAUAAUCAGGAAGAUUUGCCUCCCUUGUUGACUCAUGCUACUGAUGUACUUGAUAUCACUUCUCUACCCGAGUCGGAAUUAUGGAAGAACCAAAACAUGCUAUCCUUGCUAGUUUUAUUGAUGAGGAAAUAUAAGGAUGAAGGUGAUAAGGAUUACUCUGAAAUGAGACAUUGUAACAUUUCGUCACUUAUUGAGACUUUAUUAAAGAAAUUUGCUGAGCUAAGCAGUGAUUGCUUGAUUUUUCUCCAAAAGUUAGCACCUGAAGUGGUCUGCCAGACACUGAAGCAACCUGCACAAGUCCCUCCUGAGAUUUUGACAUCAUCUUCUGAUGUUGUAGAGAGACGUGCAAAAGCUCGAGAGCGACAAGCUGCUAUAAUGGAAAAAAUGAGAGCCGAACAAUCAAGAUUUAUUGCCAAUCUGGAGUCUCACAAUGAAGGAGAUACAUCUAAAGAGGAAAAGCUCAAUCUAGAGGAUAUUGCUGAUGUAGAAUCAGAAAUUGUUUGCUCCCUUUGUCGGGAUCCACAUUCCCAGAGUCCUUUAUGUUUUCUGAUCCUUCUCCAGAGAUCUCGUCUUACAACUUUUAUCGAGAAAGGUCCGCCUUCUUGGGAAGAUGUUUGUUGGGAAAAUAAAAUUCAGUCAGGUGACAGAGAACAUUCUGAUGAUUCUUCUGGUUCUGAUUCAAAUAGUAUGGUACAGUUAAAUGAGAAUUUUAUUGUUCAAUCUCCCUUUGACCUGGAACCUGUAGAAGUUGUUACAUUACUUGGCUCUCUAGAAGAACAACUUCCUGAUAUGAGAAAAAUCCACACACUUAAUAUGUUCCCUGGUACUGGUAGAGAAGAUUCCGUACCACUUGAGAAAUUGGAGGAUGAUAUCUACCUUUCUGUUAUACAGAACAUCCUCAAUUCUAAAUCUAAUCCAGCUGAUCUUGUUAGGGAACAGACAUAUUUAAACAAGGAUACUGCAGUCAAUUCAAAAAAAGAUAGAAUGUCAGAGUUUUUUUUGCUUGGGGAGUGUGUUGUACGACUUUUGAGAGAGUCAAAGCAGAACCACUCCUCCAUCUAUGGUCUCCAACGCAUUGCAAAUUUAUCAUCAAGGUCAAUUGCUCCAAGUAUUCCAAUUAAUGGAUUUGGUCCAUGUGAUUGUGAUGGAAUUCAUAUUUCUUCUUGUGGGCAUGCUGUGCAUCAUGAAUGUCAUGAUAGGUAUCUAUCAUCUUUGAAACAAAGAUAUAAUAGGCGACUUGGCUUUGAAGGAAUUCACAUCGUGAAACCUGACGUGGGUGAGUUACUUUGUCCAGUGUGCCGGAGUUUUGCUAACUCCAUCCUCCCAGCAUCCACUGGCAUAUCUAAGAUAUUUUCUACAAGGAGAACAUCUAUAUUCAGCAAUUCAACAUCAAAUGACUUUCCUUCAGUGUCAUUGGAUACCAACUGUUCCAAUCUACACAUUCUUCUUGCACUAUCUCUUCUUCAAAAUGCAGCAAAGAUGGUUGGAGAGAGCAGAGUUUUGAAAGUUCUAUCUGGAACUCAAAUUCAACCAAUAAAUUCAGCUUUGGAUCCUGCCCUUAAAAAAUUGUUUAUGCUUUACUAUCCACUUGGCUAUGAUAGUUUGUCAGAAGCUGGUAGGUAUAGUCAUUUGUUGAUUCUUUGGGACACACUUAGGUACUCUAUUACGUCCACAGAAAUUGCUGCUCGUGCAAAGUUGAAUGCAUAUUCAGUUCCACCUUCUUUGGAAUCUUUGAAUGAAGAACUUCAUUCUUCUAGUCACUAUGUGAUGUCUAUUUUGCUUCACAUUGCCCAGUCCAUUCGCAGCUAUAAUUCUUUUGAUGUUCUUCUGCGGUUUAGCAGUCUUCAACUUUUAGCAGGGUCUAUUUGUUCUGGUUUGUCAGGCGACAAUUACUUGUCUAAUGGAGAGAGAUCAAAAGACAAACCUUCUCUGUUUGAAUGUUCUCACAAUGGAGACACUUUUCCUGACGUCCAAUUCUGGAAACGUGCUGCUGAUCCUAUACUCGCUCAUGAUCCAUUUUCUUCACUCAUGUGGGUUCUUUUCUGCCUCCCAAUGCCAUUUAUAUGCUCAAGAGAAUAUUUCAUUGCUCUUGUGCAUCUAUUUUAUGUUAUUUGCGUUGUUCAGUCUACUAUUGCAUGCUAUGGCAAACAAGGUUUUGAUAUAUCAAGUUUUGGUGGCCAUUUUGGUAAUAUCUGCAAGAUGAUGACUGAAUCUCAGUCUGUCAGACAAUUUUUUGUUUCCAACUAUGUCGAUGAACUUUGUGAUCCAAAGAAUAUGAUACGGAGACUUACAUUUCCUUAUCUCCGUAGAUGUGCAUUACUUUGGAAUCUACUAGACUCUUCUACAUUAGCUCCAUCAUUUGACAGUCACAUAAGAGAAAGAUCAUACCUUUGUUUAAAAGAUGCCGAUUUAGAUAUUGAUGACCAACUUAAAGUAGAGCUGAGCAGGAUAGGGGAAUUGGAAGACAUGUUCAAGAUUUGCUCAUUGGAAUCAGUUCUCAAGGAUGAAGUUGUCCAUGCAUUAGCUUUGAAAUGGUGUGAACACUUCCAGAAGGAGUUUAGAGUUCGUAAGUACAGAGGCAUUUUAGCUGUCACUCCUGCUGUCCCCUUUAAACUGAUGGAGCUUCCAUUCAUUUAUCAGGAUCUACUACAAAGGUACAUAAAAGUGCCAUGCUCUAGUUGCAAGUUUGUCCCAGAGGAGCCAGCAUUGUGCUUGCUUUGUGGUACAUUAUGUUCUCUAAGCAAGAAAUCUUGCCGCUGCAGGCUGGGUAAUUGUUCAAAUCAUGCAAUGAUUUGUGGAGCCGGUAUCGGUGUAUUCUUGUUGGUGCGGCGUACAAUAAUCUUUCUACAAAGGUCAACACGUCAAGCCUUUUGGCCAUCUCCUUAUCUGGAUGCAUUUGGGGAAGAGGAUCAUGACAUGUCCAGAGGAAAGCCUUUGUACCUUAGCAAGGAGCGCUAUGCAGCUCUUACAUAUUUGGUAGCAUCUCAUGGGCUGGAUAGGAGUUCUGAAGUGCUCAGACAAACAAGCAUCAACUUAAAUGGCCUCGAAUAGGAUUUUCUGGGGAGUUUACAUGAUUGCAGCAGGUGGUACAUUCUUUGCCUUUCAUGUAUUUGGACCAUCAGACUAGUUGCCCUGCUGAAAGUUUGGUGACAAGGUCAGUUUGCUGUGUUCCACCAUUCCCAAAUGUUUGGUCUGCAGUUCAAGCAGGCACGUAUCGAGGAUCCUGUGUAUAUGGUAUUAUCCUAAGCAGCUCUUUUGCCUUGUAAAUUAAGUCACAUUGUCUGUCAUUGUAUAUAGACCAUUGAUCCGUAAGAAAAAAAUAAUGAUAAAAAGAAUGUUUGCUUGAGUAAUGUCAUGUUGAUAAAGUUUCGGCUUCCUAUU